AUGGCCGCCUCAACAACGUUCCGCGUCGCGAUCCUCGCCGCCGUGCUCCUGCUGCCGUUCCUCAGCGUGCCGGCCGCGGCGCAGACCAAGAAGUUCUGCCUCACCCAAUUCGCCAUCGCCAGCCAGGCCUGCGCCAUCCUGCCGCCCACCAGCCCGGAGUCGCACCACCACCACCACCAUCACGACGAUGAUGAGGAUGAGGACGACGACGAGGAUGAGCACGACGACGAUCACCACGGAGAUGACGACGACCAUGGUGGCGAUCACGACCACGACCAGGAUAAGAAGAGCGGCGUCGUCCGGAGCCCCGCGUCGAUGAUCACCGUCGAGACGGAGGUGGACGGCGACGACGACGCUGCCCAUCGCAAUGGCACCAGCCGCUCCGGGGGGAACCAUACCCGCAGCGGCGGCCAUGGCGCCAGGCACCGCCACCGCCACCGCCGCGGCCGCGUGCGCGACGGCGACGACGACGAUGACCACCAUGACGACGACCAUGACGACGACGACGAUGAGGACGAGGAUGAGGACGAGGACGACGAUGACGACGACGACGACGACGAGGACGACCACCGCGCGUACAGAGACUGCUGCCGGUGGCUGAAGGAGGUGGAGCCGGACUGCGUGUGCGAGGCGCUGCUCCGCCUGCCGCCCUUCCUCAUCAAGCCGCAGCACAAGUACAGCGUGAGGGUCGGGCACACCUGCAAGUUCACCUACAGAUGCGGCGGCGUCUGA